UCUUCUCUCUCUCCUAUCUCCUACACAAUUACUACAUUGCCUUUUUCGCUUCAUAGACUCCUUCACUUCUGAUAGAGAAGAAGCUGUUUUAUCUCCUCCCUCCAGCCUCUUUAUUCAAUUCAGAUUCUAUCAUUCCCAGCCCCUCUUAUAACCCCGUGGUUGCCGCAGUGUAUCAACAUCCGUGCCUAGCACACGAGCGCUCUUCGAUUCUCAUUGAAGCAUCCACACCUAUCCUCAUGCGAUGAAUCUGCGACACAUAAUAUAAGAAAAGUUAUUGGUGCCACCCAUUCUUCGUGCAUUUAUUCCUCUGUCGUCCUGUCUCGGCGCUCUGAGUGAUCCGUCAUGCCGUCCAUUCUCAGCGACGCCGACAAAGAAAUCGUGAAGAGAAAUGUCUCGAAACCUUCGAACAAGAUCCUUGCUGUAGCCGUUGCGCGGCUGUAUGUCGCAUACCCUGAUCCCCAAAGAUGGACAUACACAGGUCUGCAGGGUGCUGCGGUGCUUGCCAACGACCUGGUCGGGCGGACUUUCUGGCUGAAGCUAGUGGAUGUAUCUCCUUCUGGGAGAGGUGUUAUCUGGGACCAGGAAAUCUACGAUAAUUUCGCAUACAAUCAGGACCGCACGUUCUUUCACACAUUCGAGCUCGAAGACUGCGCGGCCGGUUUCUCUUUUGCUGAUGAGAAAGAGGCAAAGACCUUUAUCAAGAAGAUGCAUGAGCGGGAGAAACAUGCAAGCAAGGAAACCCGUCAAACACCGUUCGCAUCAACUCGAGGCCAGGGUCCCGCCCCUAUGGUCAAUGGCAAAUCCGGCGUGGGACGCUCGCUCACCUUCCGCGCCUCCAACUCAAUUAGCUCCUCCGAGCGGCCCCCGCGCAAGGAGUUGCCCUUCGAUACUAGUGAUCCAUCAUGGAAGGGGCUCCUAGAUGAACUUCUGCAGAUGGGAAUUACGGAAGACCAGAUUGCGGAGAAUUCCGACUUUAUUAAGGCCUAUAUAGAACAAAGGCAAGGCAACGAAGCCGACCCCACAGCCUCUCCUUCGGAAGAUCAGAGGCGAGGUAAGGCUCCGCCUCCUCCACCUCCAUCCGCGCCUCCCGCCUUGAAGGCCACCCCUAUCAGUCCACAGAACACCGGUAACAGCGCGGGCAGUCGACGGGGCGCGCCGCCACCUCCUCCCCCGUCGCGCAAAGCUCGUCCUGAAGCCGAAGAGGAACCGGCGCCUGCGGCAGCUCGUGAACCAUCACCUCCGCGACCCAGGUUCCGUGCGCCGCCUCCAAUAGCAGAUGCCGGGAAGCUCGCUCACACCGUUGGCCCUCCCGUUCCUGGCCGACAGAGAGCCAUGUCCGGUACCAACCCUGGCCCGCCUCCUCCUCCGCGACCUCCCAAGACUCCUAUGGAGGAUGGUGGUGGCCCGCGUUUCGGCGUUCCUCCUCCAUUCCAGGGGGAGCGGAAGGUAUCCGCCCCGCCAGCACCGCCCAGCCGUAGCUCGGCACCUCCAGGGCCGCCUCCUCCUCCUCCGCGAAGCCCUGCCACCCCACCACAGCUUCCUCCCAAAGUUCCUCAUGCGCCGACCUCUGCGGCAGGUCCUCCGCCUCCUCCACCGGCCCGCAAUCCUGUCCCACCUCCCGCGCCUCCGCCAGUUCCUGCUGCUUCACGGCCAACUCCUCCCCCUCCAGCCACUAGUGCUGUGCCUCCUCCGCCUCCACCCCCUUCAGCGAGUGUUCCACCACCUCCUCCCCCCCUCCUCCUCCAGCAAGCGCAGGACCUCCCGCACCUCCCCUCCUCCUCCUCCUCCUCCUCCUCCUCCCCGUCAAGCGCAGGCCCUCCACCACCCCACCGCCUCCGCCGCCUCCUGGCGGCUUUGCGCCUCCUCCACCUCCGCCUCCUCCUGGUGCCGGUGCACCUCCCCACCUCCCCUGCGGGUGGCGCGGCUCCACCUCUACCUAAGCCAGCGGGUGGCAGGGAUGACCUCCUGGCUGCCAUCCGAUCUUCUGGAGGCGGCGGAUUACGGAAAGUCAAAGAUUCCGAGAAGAGAGAUCGGAGCGCUGCCCUUGUUCCCGGAUCUGCUGCUGAGUCGACCGCGCCAACUCCAAGUAGCGGAGGUGCCGCUCAGGGAGGUUUGGCUGGCGCUUUGCAAGACGCCCUUGCGAAGAGGAAGCAAAAAGUUAGCGGUAGCGAUGAUGAGAAAGACGAUGACGACGAUUGGUGAUCCCAUUCGUAUGCUUGUAGCUUCUCUGUUUGUUGCGGAGUCUUCCAGUUCUAUUCAAUGCAUGAGUUGGCGGUCACAGGAUGGGUUCAUCUUCUCGUU